AUGGUUGCUCUAGUACCUAUUGCGGAUACUUCCUCGGCCCUUUAUCCGGAGAAAUCGAUCGUGAAUGGCAUUGUCGAGAUCGAUGUGGAGAAACGCCCCUUGAUCGAAACGGACUUGGCGCCUUCCGAACUUGACAGCGUCGAUCGCCCGAUGCUUACCGCAAACGGAAAUACCUCUACACAACACCCACCCAAUAUUGAUCUUGAAAUAUCCGCGAGCAAUAUUGAUAUCCCCUCAAAUGAGCGCAAAAUGGCUGUUGAGAUACUCAAAGUGAUUGAAAGCUACGGUGUUGAUUAUGAGAAGAAUGGAGCCUCGUGGAAGGGACUCGAGUCCUUCGUCCCCACUGUUAUGGCCCAAGUGGAGAGACAAGAACCCAUUCGGAUGAUCUUGCCUGCUUUUCCAUUCAAAUCGCCAAAUGCGCGCGACAAGGUCUUGGGGGUUUUACCUGAUUUUGGAGAGGAGCUGGCUUUGGCUCACUUGAAUGGGCUUUGUGAGAAUGUCGCGCAAGUAUACAAACCUGGUGCCGAGAUAUACAUCAGCUCCGAUGGACUGGUCUACAAUGAUAUUCUCGGGGUUCCUGAUGAAGUUGUGUGGGACUACGGAGAAGCCUUGCGACAGAUGGCCGUGGAAAAGGGCCUGACUCAUGUCAAGUUCAUCCGUCUUGCAGAGCUGCUUGAACACCCCUGGUUUAAAGCGAGCAGCCCCGAAGCUGCUAAAUCAUAUUAUCUGUCUCAUGCAUGCUGUCUCCGUCGCGAGCUGAUGUUUGCUUUCGGAGACCCGACGUUCAAUGCCGAUGAAGCCAUUAAGACAGACAACGACACUUGCUUGACAUAUCGGGGCUACAUCAAGUUCCUAACCAAAGACCUUGCGCAUCAGGAGUGUCCACCUGGGAUGUCUAAGCGUGCUAGACAAAGCCAGAUUGCACAGACAGCACGCCAAAUGAUCAUCCGGGGGAAGAUGUUCGCAGCUGCCAUCCGAGCCAACCGCAAGGAUUAUGUUCGUCUCUCCAUCCACGAGUCCGCCGGCGAGAAAAAACUCUCAGUCUCUUUGAUCCCCCAGAGACGUGGAGCAUUGGGCUUUACCCCGUGGCAUGCGUCCGUUGCGGUCGCACUCGAUGGAUCAUACCGAACUGUCCAUGCGGAGGAUGUCCGCGAAACACACGACCUUGUCUACAAAAACGGUCAACCGUAUUUCUUCCGCGAACGCUCAGACCUCUUUGAUUGGUCUUCCAAUGGACUAUCUGUCAAGUUUGAACAUCAAUACCCUUGCGGACUUAUUAUUCGUCCCACGGACAUUGACGAUGUGAACCCACCGCCCUCCAUCAGCGCAAUCCCCAUGCAGAAAGUCCGCAAACUAUCCAACGGAAUGUCUCCCGUCAUCCUGCGUGGGUUCACCGAGACACUAGUCGAAGAUCUAUACGUCAAGGCAGGCCACGAUCUCGGCAAGAUUCUCCCAUGGAGCUUCGGAAUUGUCCAGAAAGUCCGCGACGCAGGCCGUUCCGAUAAGCUCGGAAACAAUGUUACUUCCAACGAGGCCAUGCCAAUGCAUUUCGACGGAAUGUUCAAAUUUGAAGAAGUCACCGAUCCCGACACGGGCAAGGUCAAGAAGGUCCAGCGUCCACCCGGCUACCAGUUCUUUACCUGCCCAGCUACGGCACCGAAAGGAAGUGGCUACACGCUCUUCGCCGCAUCUAGACUCCUAUUCCGAUAUCUGCCCCUCCCCUGGACCGCCGAACGUCUCCAGAAGGUGACUUGGGCUAUGGACAAUGAUGGGUUCUGGGAUGCCAAGCUCAAGAAUCUGCCGCUGACGGUGACACACCCUGUUUCGGGCUUGCCGUGUGUUCGCUGGCAUCAGCCGUGGGAUUCCACGAAGACAAAGUUCUCCACUUGUGAUGUGACUAUUGAGAAUGAUGACUCAAGUCUCGUCGAAGUUAUUGAUCGGAUAAUUUAUGAUUAUCGAGUUUGUUUGAGGUUUGAGUGGGAGAAGGGGGAUUUGCUGAUCAGUGAUAAUACUGCUAUGCUACAUACUCGUACUGGGUAUAUCAGUGAUUGUGAUCGGGAGCUUUGGCGCAUUCAUUUUGAUUGA